AUGCCAUUCCAUCCUGAUCAAUUGAUGCUUAAGUUUCAAAAUCUAGAGGAUAACCAGGACUCAAUUGGUAGCACGGCUAAUUGGCUUCUAGGUCAGAAAGAAUCUUCACAAGAGAUUGCCGAUACUUGGGCCACUUAUAUGCUAAGUCCAGCAACAACUUCUAAGAGAAGACUGAUGGCUUUGUAUGUAGCCAAUCAUGCAGUACAACAAGAACUACGUUCGAUAGUGAAUGGUCCAUUCCAACAUAGUUUUGGAUUAAUCUUACCCAGAGUCUUAGGACAAGUAAUUCCACAAGAGAAGGAUCCAAAACUGAAUUCACGGUUAAGAAGAGUGUUAACUGUGUGGCAAUCUCGUGCAGUUUUCCCACCAACAGUAUUAAAAAGUAUUGAAGAAUCAGUCGCAUCAGCAAGUCCUGUAUCGAAUGGGGAUACUACUAAUAACAACACUUCGACAAAAUACAACCAAAAAGCACCAGUCACCGGUCAUUCAGAAAUACCUGCCCCAUUACAGGUGCUUUUAGUACCCUUUAGAGAAGUUGCACGUCAUGGCCCUGCAUCCAAUGCCCUUAAAAUAAGUUUUGAUGAAGCUAUUGGUGCAUUAGAUCCUAGCGCUACGGAUAUAGUUUAUCAACAAAAUUAUCAUACAGUGAAACGAUUAGGUCACACUACUCAAGAUUCUUUAAAAAAAACUAUUAUACAACGAGAAAUAAUUGUUGAGAAAUUACGAGAUUUGUUAAUUCAACAAGAGGAACUUUUAUCGCUUGAUCGACAAAUACAGAAUGAAAUAGAUAACGCUUUAGAGACAACAGAUCCAGCUUUUAAAGAUAAUCAAAAUUCAUUUAGUAAUAAUAUGUUACCAACUUAUGAUGAGUCUCAAAGUGAUAGUGAUAGUGAUGAAGAUGAUGACGAUGAUGAUAAAAAGAAAGACACAAAACAAAAAGAAAAAGAAACAGUUAUAGAUGCAAGCGUAGCCACUUAUACUAGAGAUGAUACAAAUCCAGUGUCCAUUUCUAAUGAGCAAUCUAUAAAUGCAGCUACUGGGGAAACAGAAAAUCAGAAUGUUACGGGUUUAAAGAGGUCUAUUGAAGAGGAGAAAGAAGAAAAUGGAGGGUCUGUAUCACCAUCUAAAAAAGCAAAAAUACAGGAGAUUUCAACUGAAGAACAACCUGAAGAACAGCCACCUUCUGAUACAGUUACUUCAAGCAUUCAAGAUUUAUUGAGUAAAUUGGCAAAUUAA